AUGGAGAAAAGCGUAAUGGAAGAGAAGUACUCAAGAGUUAACAAUGCGAAAGACAUCCAAAUGCCACCAAAGAUAUCAAUGUCGACGGAAAUCGGCAUCGGCGAGGCGUUCAAGCACAGGGCCGGCAACCAUUCACCGGACACCUACUCGCCGGACUCGCCGAACAAGCUGCGACGGGCAUGGACGGCGAACAUGAAAACAGCGACGCCGGGAAAGUUGAAUUGCCUUUGCUCGCCGACCACUCACGUGGGUUCGUUCAGGUGCCGAAUGCAUCGAGGUCCCGGCCGUGGAAUGAUCCGCGGUGGAUCUGUGGGCUCAAAUCUCUCAGAGUUAGCCUCUAAAUCGCGCCCUCUUGCCGAGUUGAUUUAG